AUGAUUGAAGUUAUGAUUAAUACUAUGGAGAAAAAUGAAUACAUUUCAAAACUUCCUUUAUUGGAAUAUGAUUCUGUUAUACAGAAACUUUCGAACUUGGGGAAAACAUAUGCAGCAGAGUUGUUUUUUAUGAGAGCUUCUGAUGCAAAGGUUAAGUUAAAUGAUGCUACAUAUGAAUGCAUGUUAAGGGCGUUUUCCAAAGAAGGCAGAGUGAAGGACGCGAUUGUGAUACAUGACAAAAUGUUGGAAAGUGGAACUGUUGCAAAAUGCAGCUCUUAUACGUUGUUUGUGAAUAUUCUUUGCAAGGAAGAUCCAACAGAGAAAAUUAGUAAACUUUUGAAAGACAUCAUUGGAAGAGGGUUUUGCCCUAGUUUAUCAGAACUGUCUAAAUACAUCAUUUCUCUGUGUAAAAAUCGACGAUGGAGAGAAUCAGAGGACCUUUUAAAUCUGAUUAUGGAAGAAGGAUACGUGCCAGAUCCAUUAUGUUCUUCCUUUGUGAUUAAGCAUUAUUGCUCUACCAGACGGAUUGAUUUAGCUAUUGGUUUACAUAAUAAGUUGGAACAUUCGAAGGGUACCUUGGAUACAGAUGCAUAUAAUGUAUUUGUUAAGGGGCUCCUGAAUGAAAGGAGAGUUGAAGAAGCACUUAAAAUAUUUGAUUACAUGAGAAUUCAUAAUUUGCUAAAUGGAGAGAGUUUUUGCGCUAUGAUUAGUGGACUUUGCCAUGAAAAUGACUUGAGAACGGCCAUGAAACUUCAUGACGAGAUGUUGAAGAUGGGCCUGAAACCUGAUUUGAAAAAGUACAAGCGUCUAAUAUCUUGUUUCAAAUAG